GGUCCAGGUACAGGUACAGGUUCAGGUCCAGGUACAGGUCCAGGUCCAGGUACAGGUCCAGGUCCAGGUCCAGGUACAGUUUCAGGUUCAGGUUCAGGUUCGGGUCCAGGUCAAGGUACAGGUACAGGUUCAGGUUCAGGUUCAGGUUCAGGUCCAGGUACAGGUACAGGUCCAGGUACAGGUCCAGGUACAGGUCCAGGUACAGGUACAGGUCCAGGUCCAGGUACAGGUCCAGGUACAGGUUCAGGUCCAGGUCCAGGUCCAGGUCCAGGUCCAGGUCCAGGUACAGGUCCAGGUCCAGGUACAGGUCCAGGUACAGGUCCAGGUACAGGUCCAGGUACAGGUACAGGUACAGGUCCAGGUCCAGGUACAGGUACAGGUCCAGGUCAAGGUACAGGUACAGGUACAGGUCCAAGUCCAGGUACAGGUACAGGUUCAGGUCCAGGUCCAGGUACAGGUCCAGGUCCAGGUCCAGGUCCAGGUACAGGUCCAGGUCCAGGUCCAGGUACAGGUACAGGUCCAGGUACAGGUUUCAGGUCAGGGCCAGGUACAGGUCCAGGUACAGGUCCAGGUCCAGGUACAGGUACAGGUACAGGUUCAGGUACAGGUCCAGGUACAGGCACAGGUCCAGGUCCAGGUACAGGUACAGGUCCAGGUCCAGGUACAGGUCCAGGUCCAGGUACAGGUACAGGUACAGGUCCAGGUACAGGUACAGGUACAGGUACAGGUUCAGGUCCAGGUACAGGUCCAGGUCCAGGUACAGGUACAGGUAAAGGUCCAGGUACAGGUACAGGUACAGGUACAGGUUCAGGUCCAGGUACAGGUCCAGGUCCAGGUACAGGUACAGGUUCAGGUCCAGGUACAGGUCCAGGUCCAGGUACAGGUCCAGGUCCAGGUCCAGAGUUGAAAGAUCAACCAACAUUGAAAAGAUUCAACGCACAGAGUGAGAAAUAUUCAACGCAACAGAGUGAGAAUAUUCAACACAACAGAAGUAAAGAAAGAUUCCAACGCAACAGAGUGAGAAAAUCAACGCAACAGAGUGAGAAAGAUUCAACGCAUAACAGAGUGAGAAAGAUUCAACGCAACAGAAUUGAUAAAGAUUCAACACAACAGGAUGAGAAGAUUAAACUGCAACAGAGUGAGAAAGAUUCAGCACAACAGGGUGAGAAAGAUUCAAUGCCACAGAGUGAUAAAGAUUCAACGCAACAGAUUGAGAAAAGUCAACGCAACAGAGGAGAAAGAUUCAACGCAACAGAGUAA